GGGAGGGUUCCGAGCACUGGCAGCGGAGGCUGAGCAGGACCCGGUGCAGGGGGCGGGAGCCAGCGCUUGUGCCCAGCCAGCUCUCACGGAGGCAGCGGGCGGUCAGGUGGGAUGCUGCAGCUGCUGCUGCUGCUGUGGUUCUGGGGGCCGCUUGGUGCCCUGACCCUGGGCGUCCCAGCGGAAACCUCGCAGGCCGAGGACGUGGUAGACUUGGAGUUUUCCACGGAGCGGCCGCUACAACUGGUGAGCCCCUCUUUCUUGUCCAUCACCAUCGAUGCCAGCCUGGCCACAGACCCACGGUUCCUUACUUUCCUUGGUUCUCCAAGGCUUCGUGCUUUGGCCAGAGGUCUGUCUCCUGCAUACUUGAGAUUUGGUGGCACCAAGACCGACUUUCUUAUUUUUGAUCCCAAGAAGGAACCAACUUUUGAAGAAAGAAGUUACUGGCAAUCUCAAGUCGACCAUGAUGUGUGCAGGUCUGAGCCGGUCUCUGCUGAUGUGGUGAGGAAACUCCAGAUAGAAUGGCCUUUCCAGGAGCUGUUGCUACUGAAAGAACAGUACCAAAAAAAGUUCAAAAACAGCACCUACUCAAGAAGCUCAGUGGACAUGCUGCACAGUUUUGCCAAGUGCUCAGGACUAGACCUUAUCUUUGGUCUAAACGCAUUACUAAGAACUCCAGACUUGCGGUGGAACAGCUCCAACGCCCAGCUGCUCCUCAACUACUGCUCUUCCAAGGGCUAUAACAUCUCCUGGGAACUGGGCAAUGAGCCCAACAGUUUCUGGAAGAAAGCUCACGUUUUCAUCGAUGGCUUGCAGUUAGGAGAAGACUUUGUUGAGCUGCGUAAACUUCUACAAAAGUCCGCUUUCAAAAAUGCAAAACUCUAUGGUCCAGACAUUGGUCAGCCUCGGGGUAAGACAGUGAAGCUGCUGAGAAGUUUCCUGAAGGCUGGCGGAGCGGUGAUCGACUCACUUACAUGGCAUCACUACUACUUGAAUGGACGCAUUGCUACCAAAGAAGAUUUUCUGAGCUCUGAUGUGCUGGACACUUUUAUUCCAUCUGUGCGAAAAAUUCUAAAGGUGACUAAGGAGCUGAGACCUGGCAAGAAGGUCUGGUUGGGAGAGACAAGCUCAGCCUACGGCGGUGGGGCACCCUUGCUGUCCAACACCUUUGCAGCUGGCUUUAUGUGGCUGGACAAACUGGGGCUGUCAGCCCAGAUGGGCAUUGAGGUCGUGAUGAGGCAAGUGUUCUUUGGAGCAGGCAACUACCACUUAGUGGAUGAGACCUUCGAGCCCUUACCUGAUUACUGGCUGUCUCUUCUGUUCAAGAAACUGGUAGGUCCCAAGGUGCUAAUGGCAAGAGCGAAAGGCCCAGAAGGAAGCAAACUUAGAGUUUAUCUCCACUGCACAAAUAUCUACCACCCAAAAUAUCAGGAAGGAGAUUUAACUCUGUAUGUCUUGAACCUCCAUAAUGUCACCAAACACUUGAAGCUGCCAUCUCAGUUCUUUCACAAGCCAGUGGAUAAAUACCUCCUCAGACCUCUCGGACCUGACGGAUUACUUUCCAAAUCUGUCCAACUGAAUGGUCAAACCCUGAAGAUGGUGGAUGACCAGACUUUGCCAGCUUUAACAGAAAAACCUCUCCGCCCAGGAAGCUCACUAGGCAUGCCUGCCUUUUCCUACGGGUUCUUUGUCAUAAGAAAUGCCAAAAUCGCUGCUUGUCUAUGAAAAUAAAAGGCACACAGUGGCCCCGAGACAAAAG